AUGUCCCAGAAAUCAGGGUUGCAGAAGGACGUGCUUGCUCUCUUCAGACGGUAUGCUCCAAAGUUUCGUGCCUUUUUGACGUACAACUUCCAUACACAAGCCAACUCCGUCUCUAGCCGGGAUGUCGCUGCAAUUGAGCAUCUCUUACGGAAAGGCAAGAGGCAAAUAGAAAUGCUCGAGCACCCUUCUAUCAAAGACUGUUACGUCUCUCAGACCAUGCUGGAAUGGAACACUGCUCGGUACAGGGGUUCCUCAUAGUAUACUGGGAAGCGCCCGUCUUGGUGUUCGUUCUUGGACGCAAUCCGACGAAACUAAGCAUUAAAGAUGAUUACACAGGUGGUGUAGCGGUAGAGAAGAUAGAAGUCUAAUAGGAGCACGAAGCCACGAGUAAUGCGAUACCUUGGGUUCGGCAAUCGAUCAUCCCCUUCGCGCCUUCAUCCUCUCUGCGCGAGUCAAGCGAGGUGUCUCGCCCUCCUUUUCCUUGGUCUCGGCAGCCUGCUGUUCGGCAAGGGCAUUCAUAUGGGAUUCAUAAAGUAGUCUCCGUUCGUUGAGCACGUAUUUUAUCCGCGCCAUAGAUUUUCUGCACUAUAUUCAUAUUCAGCAAUCC